GCCAGGAUUGUCCUGAAGCCGAAGAAACCACUUUCAGCGAGCUUACUUUUGUGUUCAGAGUCCGCCAUAAAACCUUGAAGGUCAAAGGCUGCGGUGUACGACUUUUAGAGGCAAACAAUGAAAGUGCAGGCGGAAACACAGAAGCAAAUAAUGAAACUGAAGGAGAAGAAUCUAGACGUGAUGAGGAUGAAGUUGAGCUUUGAUCGACUUCUCUACGUUGUUGGCUCUGAUGAUGAUGUCCCUGAGGAUCAUCACUUGUGUCAUAACGUGAAAAGCGCGUUGGGGAUUCUCUGUGUUGCCAAGGAGCUGGAUUGUCCUCUGGUUGUCACUGCUUGUGUGAACUACUUGGAAGCUGUUCCUUGGGAGGAAGGUGAAGAGGAAGAGAUGUUGAGGGUUAUACCGAUGAUUGGACCGGAAGCAGAGCCGGUUCUUGCUCGUUUACAGCAGGUUGAUCAGUCUGCUGUUGCUGGAAUCUUUUCGUCGGCUUUUAGAUUCGCUACCUCGUCUCCACCUCAGCCCUUGUGUGACAUAAAAGCAUCUGCUCAGGAACAGAUUGAGUAUAUGAUAACCGAAGAUGACGAUGCUCCGUUGUUGAUUGCUGAUGAAGUAAUCAAGAUUGAAGUAAAGGAAUGUGUGAAGAGUCUCUUUGCUAGAUUCUUCCAGUGUCUAGAAGAGGUCAGUAGCAAGAACGGGUUGUCUUUAAAGAUGGUUGUGUCGAAUUUGUCAUGGGCGUUUCAGAUACUAACAAAGAUGGAAAUGGUGAGAGAUUUUGUUGUAACAUGGGUUGACACAACUGAGAAGUUAGCUAAGGUAGUUGAAGCGAUGGAAGCGGGUGCAGAGACGGUGGAGAUAAGAGUUAAGGUCACUGAGGUGACUUCGAAAGUUGUGGAGGUGAUUGGUUACGGAACUGUGAUAUUACCAACAGUGAAACGGCUUCAGAUGGUUAAACUAUGGCUUCCCUUUGUAAGAAAAACAAAGCCUCUUGUUGACUCAGUUGUAACCAAUCAAGAAGAAGAUAAGGAGGAAGGGGUGAGAUGUAAAAUAGAUGGAGAGAUAUGGCAAGCUUUGGAGUCUUCCUUUGUGUCAAUAAUUCUAGCGUUGCCAUCUUCAGACCAAGCUGAGAUAUUGAUUGAGUGGUUAAGCAAGAAUGGGGUGUAUCCGGAUUUUACAGAGGGAGAUCAAAAGUUGCCAAGAGAAGACUGGGUUUGGUGGGAAGGACAUAUCUUAAACUCCUUUGUUGAGGUCUGA